AUGUCCUCAAACGAAACCCUUGAUAGAAAUUCUGCGUCCAAUUUAUCAGAAGAGGAGGAAUUGCGUAUCAACUCCAGAAUGGGAGAGCGUGAACCGACACCAAAAUGGGAAAUUGAGGAAACGCAAGAAACCUCCAGUGAAAACACAUCUGCAAAGUCACUGGAGUCUAUAGCGGAGGAAAAUGAGGAGUUGAAGCAAGAGAUUAAGUAUGAAGAAUUAAUUAAUACUGAGCCAGAAUCAGAUAUUGAGUUGGACAAUUCAUACAGUUCAAAUGAUGACUUAGAAAUCAGGUUGGAGCAACAAGCAGAAGAUGUUUUUAUUGAGAAAACUAUUAACGAGUCUCCUUCAAAUUACGCUAAAAAACAUUCAGAUACAAAACUGAAAUUGCCGUUAAGAUCUUUGCCCGUUUUCAGUCUUGCGUCGCUAAAACUGCAGCCAAAAUUACAAGAAACAAAAGACUGGAUUGUGAACUCAACCAGUGAUUCUUCUACGAAAUCGGAACUAGCACAAGAACUUCAAAACAAAGAUUUCAACGGAGAAUCAUUUUCGAAUUGCGAUUUAAGCACUCGGUUAACGCCAAAAGAGUUUGCAAUUGUAGAAAGUGACAACAAUGACAAAACGUCUACAAAUUUGGAGGAAAAAAAUGAAUCUCAGUUAGAUGUCUUAGAAUCCAAUCUACAUGAAUCACAGGAUGGUAAAUUGGAUAUGAAUUUCCAAAAGGUUACCGUAUCUAAAAUUAAGCAAAUGUCUAAAGAGAAUCCGACAAUUUCUGAUUUGAAUCAAGAAUUACAGACGAGAUUCGAACUGCGCUCAAGAUCUCUGCCAAUUUUCAGCCUUGUGUCCAAGAAACUCCAACCAAAAUUGCAAGAAAACAAGGAUCUUCUUAAUAUUAAUAUCAAUGCCAAUGAAACAUCUACAAGUUCUGAAGAAAAGCAAAAAACUGAGGCGACCAUGGGAUUCGCAACCACUAAUCAUUCGAAUCAUGAUACGACAGUGGAGAAGGAAUCUAAAGUAGUGGAAGAAGAGAUACAUGAAAUAGAAGAUACCAAAGAGCUUUACCGUAGCUCAGGUUUAAAUGAAAUGGAAGAUACCGAGAUUCAAUCCGACCAGGAGCCAGAAGUAAAAUCCACAGAAAAAUCUGCAUCUGAAGAAAUUCCCAAAUCUGAAAUUGACACAAAUGAGAGCGAAUGGGAUGAAGAAAAUUUCAGUGAAAGGUUUAAAAAAUUGCAAUCAAAAUGGCAAGAAAAAGAUAAUUAUUCUACUUCUCAUCUUGGACUAAAGUUUGAGAAGAUACCAAACAAUUCAUAUAAAGUCAAAAACGUAAUCAAUGAUAAGUUAAAAGAAGAAAAUAUAUUAAAAUCUGAAGAAACAAAACCUCCAGAAAUAACUGUUGAUGUUAAGUGUAAUGUAGAAGACAAGACUGUGAAGUUGCAACCUCCUGAAGAACCAUCUGAGGAACAUUUGGUCCAUAAAAUGGAAAUUAAUCCAAAAGUGGAGACCAUCGUCAAAGUAGAAAGCACCACGAUAGAAAACUAUGAAUUCAAGCUUGAACAUUCCAAAGCAGAACAAAAGCAGGAAGAAGCCGAAAGAAUUCUACAUCUGGAAGAGAUUCACAAACUUGAGGCGUCGUUUGACCAGCUUGCUGACAAGGUGUGCUCCUGGUUGGACAGCUGUAGCAGUGUGCUGAUGGUCACCUCUCACCCAGGACCAUGUUUCUCUGAGGCUCACCACUCUCUGACCACGCACGCCCAUCUGCAGGCCCAGUCUGGGUUUGGACCACAGUGCCCCAGUUUGUUUAGGUGUAUCCCCAUGCGUAUAUUACACUCUCAUGUAUUAUUUACCAUAUAG